UUCUUGCACAUCUACCGACUGUAGUGUAGCGGAGUGUGUGAGCGUGAACAUGAUCUUAGCACUCACACUUUCUACUAAUAGUUUCUCCAAAAUAAUUAUUAUGUUCAUGUUCGUCUGCCACGGUUUUGGCUGCAGAAUCCGAGCAGAAUGAUGACAGGGAGUGUUAGUCCGAAGACUGUCGAGUUUUGUCCCUCCGAGCCUGUACUAGCUGUCAUCAUGGUCAUGCAGUCCGUGCAAAGGGCAAAGGGAACGCUUCACUGCCUUGGCUUCAGUGCCAGUGGCUUUCCGCCCUGGCCCGGGCUAGCCAGAGCCUGGCACAGUGAGUUGGAUACCAGGAUAGGUACUAGGUGACUUUGACUGGCAGCUGGACAUGGCUGAAUGAGUAAGAUGCGACGCGUUGAAUUCAAUGCCAAUGGAUACUGUUCCUGCUUUUCACAAUGAUCACCCAGUCAAAAAUCAUCAUCUUGUACCACACGGUCCACAGGUCCUACACUACAGCGACACGAUAAUUUUUCGUUGACCGUAAGAUGCUGAAGGAUGUACCCGUCCGUACACACGGGAGUCUGCUCACAUCAACGCAGUGCGUUAGCAAGUGAGAUAGCGCCUUCUCACGUACCCUGCUGGGCCGCAUCAGUUUCUCACUGUUCUAGACUGUGACAAGGAAGGAGCUUGAGCAAUGGCCGCAGAUGAGGGUGCUGGAGAGUCGUCCAGUGAACAACUGCUGGAUUCGCCAGUGGAGAGAGCCAGCUUCUUCUCCUGGCUUCUAUUUCUGUGGAUUGGUCCGCUGAUUAACCUGGGUGCAAAACAAACCCUCGAACAGGACAACCUGCUACCAGUCGGAAAACAGGAUGCCGCUAGUGUUCUUUGUAGCAGGCUGGAGACGGAAUGGACACGGCAGCUGUCCAAAUCAAAGCCCAGUCUGCUGUAUGCCUGCGUAUCGCUGGUCGUGAGGGAGUACUUGCCCAUAGCUGCAGUUGUGCACGGAUUCAGUAUUACCAUGGGGUUUCUGCAGCCAUUCUUCUUGGGAAAGGUCAUCGACUACUUCACGGGCAAUGUGGACCGCGCAGACGCCUACCUGUACACGCUUGGUUUCGUCCUUCUUGGGAUAGUUCGCGCCCUGACGUAUCACACACUCUACUUUGUUGCACAGCGGGAAGUGGGUAUGCACCUACGUGUUUCACUGACCUCACUUGUUCACAAGAAGGUGCUACAACUACACAGCUCAUCCCUGCUGAAACUGACAACCGGUCAUAUCGUGAACUUAGUCUCAACAGAUGUACAGCGGCUGGAUGAGCUCUGUGGAUGGUUGAGCUCAGCAUGGUGGGGAAUCGUUGCCUUCAUCGUUACCAUUGUGUUGGUGUGGUAUCAGCUUGGAGUGGCCUGUUUCGCAGGCUUUGCCCUCGUCUGUGUCAAUCUUGUGUUCCAGGCCAUUUCGGCAAAGUUCACAUCCAAAUACCGGGAUCAGAUGGCAGUACUGACAGACAAGCGUAUCCGUUUCAUGAACGAGAUCCUGACGGGAGUGCAGCUGAUCAAGAUGUACGUGUGGGAAAUGCCUUUCGGUGCUGUCAUCACCCGUGUCCGAGAUGAGGAGCUUGCAGUGGUACGCAAGCGUCAAUACCUCUGGGGAUUCAAUAGCGCUAUCGGUGAAGUCGGCUUGCAUCUCAUCCUAUAUCUCAUGUUCACAACGUACGUCUAUCUGGGGAAUACCCUUACGCCACGCACGGCUUUCGUAACUCUGGCGACAAUGCAGGUCUUCAGGAAUGAGGUGCUCUAUCUGCAAGUGCGAGCCUUCACAACUUUGUCCGAGGGCCUUGUUGCCAUCUAUAGAAUACAGGAUUUUCUUUUACUGGCUGAAUCUAAGAAAGUGAGGAGACACGGCAGUCCCGUGAGUGGCACCAACCCUAACCCGCCGGUAGUAUCCGGCAAUGGCUGCACGGGAAUGGAGCUGAAGACUGGCAUGCAUGCUGACAAGGUUUCAGUACCCCACUCUCAACUGGCAGAGGAUCAGCAGCCGCUUGUGAAUGUGGUGAACUUGACGUCAUCCUGGGAAGAGGGCGAGGAAUCAUUGGAAAGUGAAAAUGGACCGUUCUCUCUACUGAAUCUCAACUUCCAUAUAUGCAAAGGAGAACUGCUCAUUGCUGUUGGAGCAGUGGGAGCCGGCAAGACGUCGUUACUAAUGUCCCUCCUUGGUGAGCUGCAUGUCAGGUCUGGACACUGUACUGUGCAAGGGGAUGUAGCCUAUGCGGCACAGCUUCCCUGGGUGUUCUCCGGCAGUGUCCAGGAUAACAUAGUCUUUGGCAGAACCUUUGACGCAGAUCGCUAUAAAUCUGUUGUGGCGGGCUGUUGUCUGGAUAAGGACUUGCAAGGUAUGCCAUAUGGUGAUCAAACGUUGGUUGGUGAGCGCGGUGUUAAACUCAGCGGAGGUCAGAAAGCAAGGAUAGGGCUGGCCAGAGCAGUAUAUCAAGAUGCUGAUGUCUAUUUACUAGAUGAUCCUCUGAGUGCAGUGGAUGCUGAGGUUGGACGCCUAAUAUUUGAGAAGUGUAUAUGUGGCAUGCUGAAGGAGAAGGCUGUGCUGCUCGUCACUCAUCAGCAACAGUACCUUAGCUCGGCUGCCAGAAUACUUGUCCUUGACCAGGGAAGAUCUCUCGGUACGUGGACAUACUCAGAAUUGUUGGCGUCAGAUCUUGGCCUUGCAAAGAGUCUAGCGAAGGACACCAGCAGAUCAGAAGGAGAGCGCAGUGCAGAAGGUGCAGGUGAUCCGUUCAGCCAAGACAGAAGUGAUGAUGAGGGCGAGGUUGCUGAAGAUCGUUCCAUUGGCUCCGUUAAGUGGGAGCAUUACUGGAAGUUCUUCAGAGCUGGAGCUAACAAGGCAACGCUUCUAUUUGCCAUUUCUAUCUUCAUCAUUGCACAAGCAUCCAUCAUCACUUCUGACUGGUGGCUAGCAAAUUGGACAUCAAAUUUCAACACAACAGUUUCAUCGCCUAUGAACUGGACCAAUGCCAGUGAAGCUGAGACAGAUAACAACACUACGAGAAAUUGCUAUUCACCUCGUACCCUUACCAAUCAGAGCGGCACAGAUAGCAUCCAGCGGCAGCUCAAGUAUAGCACUGGCUACUUUGUCGGUGUGUGGAGUGGACUGCUGGCACUAAGUGUUGCGUUGGCAACCUUCCGCAGCGUAGUCAUCAGGCAGAUUCUAGUGCGCUCGUCCAAGGCACUGCACGAGAUGAUGCUGAGCUCCAUCUUGAAAGCUCCAAUGCUCUUCUUCAACACCAACCCCAGCGGCCGCAUUCUGAAUCGGUUUGCGAAAGAUCUGAACUUGCUGGACAUUCUGCUUCCAGUUGUGUUCUAUGAGUUUCUAACCUGGUUCCUUGUGAUGUGCGGAUUUGCGACUUUCAUCUCCUACGCUAAUCCGACAACACUCAUUGCCGUCCCACCGAUGGCUGUUGCAUUCGUGUUUCUGCGCCGAAAGUACAUCCGAUCUUCCCGUGAAAUCAAGCGCCUGGAAGCCGUUGCUCGCAGUCCAGUGUUCUCUCAAUUCUCAUCGUCACUGCAAGGUCUGACAACAAUCAGAGCUGCCGGUGCACAGGACCAACUACAGACCAAGUUUAACAAUCUACUCGAUGCGCACACGCGCGGAUGGCUGUGCUACUUGGCCGUGGUGCGUUGGCUGUCCUGUCGAUUGGAGCUACUCGGAGCGUUCUAUCUGUCAGCCACGUCCUUUGCGGCGCUGCUCAUGUUUGAUUACGGCAAUGUGUUUCAGCUGGACGCUGGCACGUUUGGCCUGACCAUAACCUAUCAAAUUGCUUUCUAUGGCUACAUCCAGUGGACGGUGAGAAUGUCUGCUGAUGCAGAGGACCUAAUGACGUCAUCCGAGCGCAUUCUGGCGUACAGUGAGCUGGAAGCAGAGCGUGAGCCAGCACUGCCUGUACAGCUACCAGAGAAUUGGCCACAACAUGGCAGAGUAACCGGUGAAGAUGUCAGCUAUUCCUACUCACCGGAUGGUGCAGCUGUACUGAAGGAGCUCAACUUUGAUAUACUACCCGGGGAGAAGAUUGGCAUAGUAGGUCGUACCGGUGCCGGCAAAUCAUCGUUCAUCAACGCAUUGUUUAGGCUUGCUCCUACAAGCGGUAAAGUCAUGAUUGAUGGCGUGGAGUUGGACAAAGUGUUGCUGAGCACUAUGAGACAGAAACUGUCCAUCAUCCCACAGGAUCCAGUGUUGUACAGCGGUACACUAAGAUAUAACCUUGACCCGUUUAGCAGAUAUCACGAUGUCUACCUCUGGAAUGCACUAGAGAUGGUCGAGCUGAAGCAAUACGUCUCCCAGUUGAACAAGGGUUUGGAAGCAGAACUGACAGAGCACGGAUCAAACUUGAGUGUUGGACAGCGUCAGCUGAUCUGCCUGGCCAGGGCUUUGCUGAACCGGAAUAGAAUAUUGAUGAUUGACGAGGCAACGGCAAACGUGGACAGGCAAACUGACUCCAUCAUCCAGCAGACGUUACGUACGCAUUUCAAAGACUGCACCGUCAUCACCAUAGCCCAUCGACUCCACACUAUCAUCGACUCGGACAGGAUCAUGGUGAUUGACAGCGGUCGCAUCAAGGAAUUCGACCGGCCAUUUGCAUUACUGCAGAACAAACGUGGUGCUCUCUCUGAAAUGGUGCAGUCACUGGGGGUCACAGAAGGCGAGCAGCUGCGGCAGACUUGCCAAGCCCUUUGGCAAGGUGACUCUUCCAGCAUAUCAACUCACCAGGCAGCAAAUUGAACUAAAUAUUUUUUUAUACCGGUGUAAACAACUCAAUAAUGUAUUUCUGGUACACCUCCAAUUUUCCUUUUCCUAGGUGUGUCUUUACAGCCGUUAUAAUAAGUUCAUGCAAAGAUUGAAUAUUUGGAUUGGAUUGGAUUGGAUUUUUAUAUGUAAGUGGUGACUAUAACAGACAAUUGCCUAAUAACAAUAGACCCACUCGAGGGAAAGAUGCAAAAAGAUAUGAAUAAUUAAUAUAAUAGACUAUUGGAUAGGUGA